GUGCACUGUCUGGGGCGAUGAUGCCCGCUGGCUAUGUAGCAACCUCGAGCGGCUGGGAGGGAAGAUUUCUGCGGGUUCCCGACGCCCCCUCAUCUGCAUCGACUGAGCUUCCCCGGAGACUCGCGUUUUCUCUUUGAUACGGCAACACUGCGGCUGGGGAGCAAUGGACGCAGAGGUCGACAGAGAAGCCAGCAAGCCUCGGUAUGGCUUUGGUCGAGGUCGCGCGGCCCUGCUCGUUAAUGCUGUUCUGUUCUUUACUUCUGUUUUCCUGAACCUUUGGUACCUGAGUCGGCUGGAGUUGUGUCAGUCGCCUGGCCGUGUUCUCUCGGCCGCGGCACAAACACCGACGAGGUCAAGCCACUAUCCAUUGGAGCUACUGGCCAAGUUUGCCCCGAAAAGAUUCGAGGCAGACCUGGGGUCCAAAUCGGUUUACAAAGGCCAGCCACGGAAAGAACUGGAUGAUGCCUGGGACAAGCUGGUUGACCACCCAAUGAUAUUGGCGGACAAGGAGACGCUCCGGAGAUUCGACCCAACAUCAAAGCCCACCAAGGGCACCCGAGGUCACUAUUAUGCGACCGUCGAGAUGUUUCACCAGCUCCACUGCCUCGAUAUCACCCGAAAGUACAUAUGGCGGGACGACUAUAAGAAUGUCGACACCUUCCAGAACCCUCCCGAGAUUGUGCUUGAGCACGUUGACCACUGCAUAGAUCUUCUGCGCCAGUACAUUAUGUGCCACGGGGACCUUGGCCUGCUGUUUUACACCGACCGCGGCAGCAAGCAGCCCGAGGCUCGGGUGUCCACAAUCCACACUUGCCGCAACUUUUCGCAGAUAGCCGAGUGGGUGGCUGAGCACGACUCUGAGCUUGGGAUGUUUGUGGAGGUUUGACAUUGGGAUAGUUCAUACCUCGGCAUUCCCGUGUUUCUAUUUGCUUGGAGCAAUCAAGGACGAUGGACAAAAACACGACCUCGCCAAUCUUCCAGGAACAGCAAAAGGAGGAAUUUGGUCGCAGAAAGAGGACAAAACAGCUUUAUUUCAUCGUCAAGACUGGAUGGGUUGGAGGAAUCUGAGAUCUCUUGUUAAGAGAUGUCAGGAGAGAGACAAUGCUCAAAGCAUCAUUCAAGUUCCGCAUUCCUUUCGACCCCCGACUUUUCAGGGUGAGUACGUGUACGUUCCCCA